ACGGACGCGACCAGUAGAGUACCGUGCGUUUCAUCACAGUCGGGAAAAUUUUUCAUUUCAUCUCCAUCUCCAAUGGUGGUGGCAGCCAGCAGCCAUUAGGAAGCAGAUUUUCACGAUUUUCCACCGCUCUCGGGUGGAAAUUUCACCAUUUUCCGUUUAAAUAUGUGUGUUAGUUAAUAUUGUUAGUGUACAGUGAGCGCUUUUUAGAUCGAAACGAGCAUCGAGAUGGGAAAUAUGAGCAUCCGGAAGGGGCUCAUGCUUAGCUUUGCUUUCUUCCUUUUAUGGACAAAAUUGCCAGACCAAAGCGCAAACGCAUCGGUACAGACUGAAAUAAUGGAAAAAUGGGGUGACAACUUCGGUGAAGAGCUUUGGGAUCUGGCACAAACAAUGACUAAAGCCAGUGAAAUCACAGCGAAAUACAAAGCCUACAACGCACGCGUCGAGCACAAGGAUGGAACGAGUCUGAUCAAAUCUAUCGUGGAAAAUGUAGGUCGCAUGCUGAUCCGAAAGAUGGAUGCCAUCAAGUGUAUUAUUAAUCUGGCAGAGGAACUAUCCGAGCAGUUUCGUUUCAACGAAUCAAUUGCGGAUAACUUCACGUAUUACUCCAGCAAGUAUUCGAAUAUCGAUGAUCGUGCGGAACCGGAUAUACCGGAAACGUUGCUGGAGAACACUUGGAUGUACCGCAAUAUGUCGCUGAAUCCGGAUACCCAUUUCUUCAACAUAUCUGUUAAUACGUCCUACAGUUCGGUACAUGUGCCGCAGAAUGUAUACGAUCGGUAUCCGUGGGUGUUGGAAGCCCUGCAGUGGUCUGAAGCACUGGACGACGUGUUCGUGCAGAAUUACAACUCAGAUCCAGCCCUUUCGUGGCAAUACUUCGGAUCGUACACGGGUAUAUUGCGGCACUAUCCGGCCCUUGAGUGGGAUCGGGAUACGGUGGAUACCUUCGAUUGCCGGAAACGGUCUUGGUAUAUUGAAACGGCGACAUGUUCCAAAGAUAUAGUCAUUCUUCUAGACAACUCCGGAUCGAUGACCGGUUACCGGAACUAUAUAGCUCAAUUGACGGUUAAAAGUAUUCUGGAUACAUUUUCCAACAAUGAUUUCAUCAAUAUCUACAAGUAUUCAAACGACGUGGAGCCACUGAUUCCGUGUUUCUCUGAUAUGCUCGUUCAAGCGACACCCGAAAACAUCCGCUUCUUGAAUGAACAGGUGCGCGAGUUAUCUCCAGAGGGCUACGCAAAUGUAAGGAAGGCAUUCAUAAAGGCCUUCGAACUUUUACAACACUACCGUGAAAUGCGCCGAUGUAACGAAACCGUGAGUGGCUGCAAUCAAGCCAUAAUGCUGAUUACAGACGGAGUGCCGAGCAAUAUAACCGAGGUAUUCACCCAGUACAAUUGGUUCGAGAAUGGAACUAAAGUACCAGUUCGUGUGUUUACCUACCUGUUGGGACGUGAAGUGACCAAGGUGCGAGAGAUCCAGUGGAUGGCUUGCUUAAAUCGCGGACAUUACUCACACAUCCAAUCGCUGGAUGAAGUUCAGGAAGAGGUGUUGAAGUAUGUCACGGUCAUCGCAACGCCAUUGGUACUGCAGGGCGUUGAGCAUCCGCCAACUUGGACACACGCAUUCACGGAUACGGCGGAAAAUUUGGAAACUGCAGAGGACUCCGACAAGCCACCUCGGCUAAUGAUAGCCGUUGGAGCACCUGCAUUCGAUCGGAAAGCUAACCACUACAAUGAGACGCGAACAGCGCGAUUGCUCGGAGUUGCCGGGACGGAUAUUCCGGUGGAGGUGCUCGACGAGCUGUCCUUGCCCUACAAGUUAGGCGUAAACGGUUAUCCGUUCAUUGUGAGCAACAACGGUUACGUUUUGAUGCAUCCGGAUCUUCGGCCGGUUUCCAAAGGCCGUCUCAAAGAAAACUAUAACAGUAUCGAUCUCACUGAGGUGGAACAGGUGCUGAAUGAUACCUCCGAUGCAUGGGACGAAUCGUUGACCGGUCGUGAACCAAAUUCAAAACUCGAAAUUCUUCGUGAGCAGCUGGUGUUCUCCAAGUUUGGUCAAAUGCUCAAAGUACCGGUUCGAUUCCAUUACGACAAAAUGAAGCGUGUCUCACUGGAGUAUCAAGAUUAUUACUAUGCCCCGUUGGAAAACACCCCUUUCUCGCUGGGGUUGGUUCUCCCACAUGAUUACGGCGAUACAUGGAUUAAGGUAGGCGAUGAGAUCAAACGUAAUCAACAUAUGGGCAUCAACAUCUCGGAUUUCUUCGUGGGAGAGAAUUGGAAAGUACACCCGGAUUGGGUUUACUGUAAAUAUCACUACCUGGAGGGACAUGAAUUCAAGAACCCGGAGGAUGAGUUACGACAUUUCUUGGUUCGUCUCUACGAGCCAACGUGGAAGUGGUCCCAGCAGUACGAGCCAGAACCGGAGGACGCCCAAAAAGAUGAUAGCGAUGAACCGAACUGUGGCCGAAAAACUCUGGAUGACGACGCUUACUAUUGCAACAAAGAACUGAUGCAGUUGUUGGUGUUCGAUGCGAAGGUGACCAACAUGAGCUAUCGGAAUUGGGAAUUUGAGAAUGAAAAUGAGAGGAAAAUUCUUGAGAUGUACAAUGCUACGCUACGAUUCGUGGCCACGAUGAGUGGCUUAACCCGGUGGCAGUUCAUCUUCGGGGAAGUCGAGGUGGAUUCUGACAAUGAGUUCGGCGACUACCACAAGAACGCAAUCGAUGAAACCUGGUACAGGAGUGCAAUUUUGCAGCACAAGAUCGACCCCAAGAGCUUCGUUUACUCCGUGCCGCAUUUCAUGGACGAUCCGGAAGGCGAGGAGUUGAAAGUAACGGCGUCGAUGGGGAUUUUCCCGAGGGAUGGUGGACUUGAGACACCGGGCUGUGUGACAGGCUUUCAGUUCUCGCAGCAAAUGAUGUAUGAGAGAUUUAUGGAAAUCACUUCUAAAACCACGUGCGAAGAUUGCAUCGAGACCUGUUCAUCGGAAACACGUGACUGUUAUGUGAUCGACAACAACGGGUAUGUGAUUCUGUCUGAAACUGCCAAUGACACAGGACGAUUUUUCGGAGAAAUUCAAGGUGCAAUCAUGCAGUCUAUGGUUGAUAAAGAGAUGUUCACUAUGAUCAGCGUUUUCGAUUUACAAGGACUUUGCGAGUAUGAACGAGAUAUGCCAAAUGAUGCUUUCUCUAUCAUGCAUCCUUUGAAAUUGAUUGCGCUGGGUCUUGACUGGUUGAUUGCAGAACUGUUCAUCAUGCUCUCAAAGUUUGACUUCUGGGUUCAUGGUAUUCCCAGUCCAGACUAUUACGACGCGGGUGUGGAAUACGAGGAUUCAGACUAUGGGGAUAUAAAGCGACCGAAGAAACCAAUGAAACCACUGGUAGACGAAGAAGAGGAGUAUUUCAAUCGUCCGAAGGAAACUCGUAAGGAAAUUAUUUACGAACCCUGCGAUAAGAAGUCUGAGCUGUACGUCAUGCAACAAGAUCUGUUCAUCAAGGGCGAUGGUUUCAUCUACGAGCAACAACCGGCCAAUCCUGCGCAGUUGCUCCAUCGGCCGUACUUCGCCAAACGAAUUCCACGCUCGAAUCUGCUUAUGAUUAUUGUGGAAAAUGAGUAUCCCUCAGAUCACGUGAUUCUUUCGGCUGCUCCGCAGGUUAUCCACCAUAAUGAUACGGAAGGGUUGCCCUGCGUUAAAACAAGACUAAAUUUCUUAUCCCGCCGACGGUUGGAGGAAUGCUACACCGAACAUCCGGAUGAGGAACUGGUGGCCCACUGCGGUGAAGCCACCCAGCCACUUCUUCAACCGACCAUAGUGAUACUUUCUGUGGCAUCACUGUUGUUAACUCAAUGUGCCCAAAUGUUAGUCCAAUUGUAUUGAAAUUGAAGAUGAUUUCAGACUGUUGCUCGAACCAAUAUAUUUAAAAUUUGUAGCUAUAUCGAUGUUCGAUGAUAAAUUUACCUAUAGACAAGAUUGAAGAUCGUUUUUAAAGUAUCCUGAUGAGCAAUGUUUUCGAGGAAAUUGUAGAGACACUAUUUUAAUGCGCACAUGCGAACCACAGGGAGCCAAAUUUACUAACACUGUAUUGUUUAAACAAGUUCUUUGAUAACGACGGAUUUUCUACUAGCCUUCACGGCAUCAUAACACUGAACACGAAGUAGCACUUCAAACACGGUAGUGUCUUUCCACGGUACAUCAUUCCUUCCAACAAAAAUUACACUCUGCCGCUUGUGAAUUGUAACUAACAAAAAGCAGCACAUAAGGUAUGUACGUUUUUUGAUGCACAAACCAUAACGAGGAUGCGAGCUGUGUGAGAAUAUAUAAAGGAAAGUUAUUUCGUUAGAUAUUUAUAGUAUGUACGUUAUUUUGAGAACAAUCAAACCCAUACCAAACUAGUAGCAUCGUUCAACUAGUUGUAAAUAUCAACUUUGAAAAAGACACAUACAUAUAGAUGAUCAUUUUUCCUAGGAUAAUAUAACUGCAAGAACUACCGAUUGUAGGGUUGAAGUGUAAAAAAGUCUAAUACACCUACGUUUUUCACUCGUGCCGUUAUUUUUUACCAAAAAAAAUUUCAAUCAGUUAACGCAAUCAAUAUACAUUUAUACGUUGAUAUUUAUUUAUGUGAGAAGUAAAUACUGUUGAUAA